AUGGGCUCAAGAUCCGGCGAUCGCUCCAGUCCACAGAAAAUAUUCAUUGGAGGAUUACACAAAGACACAACCAACACUGAGUUCAAUAGCCAUUUUGGCAAGUACGGGGAGAUUACAGAUUCUGUCAUCAUGCGAGACCGAAACACUGGUCUACCUAGAGGUUUCGGUUUCAUCACCUUUGCUGACCCUUCUGUUGUCGACAAAGUUAUCGAAGAUACUCACAUCUUCAAUGGCAAGCAGGUUGAGAUCAAGAGGACGAUCCCGAAAGGUGCUGGUGGCAAUCAGUCUAAGGACUUCAAGACUAAGAAGAUUUUUGUUGGUGGUAUACCCUCUUCUGUUACAGAAGAUGAACUUAAGGAGUUUUUUGCCAAGUAUGGGACCAUAGUUGAACACCAGAUCAUCCGUGACCAUCAAACAAACAGGUCUCGUGGUUUUGGUUUUGUAAUCUUUGACAGUGAAGAGGUCGUUGAUGAGUUAUUGUCCAAAGGAAACAUGAUCGAUAUGGCAGACACUAAGAGGUUACUCUAUUUGUAA